UGAAACUCUUUGUCUACAUCGGCCUCCAUUAUUGCCUAACAUGUCACCACAAGACUGUCAGAUGCCCGUACACAUAAUUUAAGCGGUACCUAGCUGCCAUGCACAAAAUCAAGAUUUGCAGAUCUUGAAAUGCGGCAAUAAUACACAAACAGUCAUUUUACGAACAAAAUUCACAACACAUACGUUCAGGUUCAAAAAUCAUUACGCACAAAUCAGCGUAAAGUACGGGCAUAAAUAUCAACCGCUUAAAUUAAGAUAUAACUUGGCAUUAGACUAUAGUCUUGGUAUAAACCGAGACGGGUCAUAAGUAAAUCAGUGUAAAGUUUAUAUUUUAGAAAACUUUUAUUGACCAUGGAUGAAAAGAACAAAUCAAUUGAAGAUAUUACUAAAGACAUGUCCGAAUUGACUGUACUAUCGUUUAGGAAGUUGGACGAUAUCAAAAAAUUGGCAAGACAUUUCCAAUUUGUUAUAAAUCAUCCUAUAACUCAAGGAAAUCAAGUGGUGCUAAAAUACCUGAAGAAUCUAGAUGAAAUGCAUAAGGAUAUCUUUUUGAAGAAAAGGGACGGUGUGAAUGUUGAAUAUAUAUUUACAACUGAGAAGAAGAGUAGCAUGCAACGGCAGCGUUUCAACAGUUUACCUGUUAAUGAAGUACCAGAAAUACUGAAAUCUGAAUUCUUGACUAUAGAUAAUGCCAAACAGGUACAUAUCUGUACUGAUUGUAAUGUCGAAAUUGAAUUAUUCGAUGAUGUACCUUUAAUGGAAUCAUUACAAAAGCAUUUCAGCUUAGAAGCGCAUAUGCCGAAGUUAAAGCGUGAGAGUAUUGAUGUUGCAGAACCUAUUCUACUUCCUAAGAUGUCUCGUAGACUAUCAGCUUUAGAAAGUGGGGACAAUCAAAAUAUGGAGCAGAUAAUCCAAAUGUUGAAGCCGGCUGAGAAAUUGGACCGUUCGUUCUCUGCUAUGCUGGAAUCAGCAUUGAUUAAAUUACUCCCAGAUAAUUCCGAAGCCAGUAUUGACGCAGCUGUGAAAUUCUAUCAAGAAGCAUAUGAGAAAUUAUGCAGUAAUAUAUCUGCUAUUGAUUUUUCCACACAAACUAGCUCCGUAGCACCAAUAAUUAUGAGUAUACGUGACAAUGUCAAUCAAAAUUUCUCCGUUGACGCAAACAAGAAUUACGAUAAUGACGAGAAUGAGCACACACCUGAUAAACCUAUGAAAAAUCAGAUCAAAAAGUAUCGUUAUUACGGACCUAUAGAAAAUAAUAUUGCCAAGUUACUAUUGAACCAUAAAUUGUUGACUUUAGUCGAUGAUAGAACUGGGAAAUUAGCUUUCUUCUGUAUAGCUUGUGAGUACUACACUCUAAGAUUCCGUUAUGAUAGUGUACUAAAUCAUGUGUUCAGUGAGACCCAUAUACAUAAUUUGUCUUGUAUCCUUCAAGCUGACAAGAAUAUCCCAUUCUCAAUGGGCACCGCUACAAUGGACAAAAUCAAAGAUAUGAAUAAAGACUUCUUACGAAAUCAUUAUAUUAUUGAAGAUAAUAACGGACUGAAUUGCAACCUUUGUAGAACAACCCUGGAUAAUGAUUCUAUGAUCUUACACAUCCUAGAUGAAAACCAUCUGGGAAAGCUUUCCGAUAAAUUAUACAGAAAGAUGAAAGCUAAUAAUCCAGAUGGGCAAGUACCAGAAGAGUGGGGACCAAAAUCCCUAGAUUGGACUAAAUUUUUAGCAAGUAGCGGUAAACCUUUAAAUAACAGAGAUCAUGUUGUCAUUGAAAACUUUAUUAAACCAUCGGGAAAGAUUGCCAACUACUGUUCAUGUUGUGAUAUGACCUUGAAGGGUCCAAGACAGGUCUUAUUUAACCAUAUCCGUCAGAAGAAGCAUCUCCGGAAUGCUGCUCCACAUAAAUUAACAAUGUUGUAUAGAAAUCAUUGUCGACCGACUGAAUAUUUUGCUAGUUUUGGCAAUCAUUAUAUUUGUACAAUUUGCCCUGAAUACAUCGCCUUACCAUCAUUUGCGGCGAUUGUGGAACAUUUUGAAAGUACUUUGCAUAUUGAAACCAUUGCUAAAUUGAUCCGUUCCGGACUCUAUGAUAUUGAUGAAGGAUUAUUUAUAAUGAAUAAGAUAUCCACGGAUUUAUUUAAAUGUGAUUUCUGUGAUGUUAAAUUCAAUGAUGCAAAUGAAGCUGUGAAACAUAUUUUAUCUAAUUUGGAACAUCAGAGUGCGUUGGCCGAAGUGAAAAUUCGUUCAAAUAAAGGUGAUAUUAUUAGUGUUUAUAUGCACGGUAACUUUAUAUUGCAUAACGAAGGUGCAACAUUUAAUUGUGAACCGUGCAAGAGUGUUUUUAAUUCGAUUCGUUCUUUACUAAUGCAUUUAGUUUACGCUGAACAUUUUGCUAAAAGACCUACAUCGGAGAAUGUGUUCCGUUUCUAUUUGGAAUUGAAACAUAAUAUAAGUAUGCUAGCCAGAAACAAGUAUGCUUAUUAUGAGUUUGGAAAAUUGAAGUGUGGAGUUUGUGAUGCGGAUGUUGAAGACAGUGAGAACGCUAAGAAACAUGUUGUGUCGCUGCGUCAUAAGGAAAAUAUGGGGGCCAGUUAUGUUAAUAUUAAUUUGGAUGUAUCUGCUAUGGAAUGAGAUAUGAAUGCCGCCCGUACAAACAUCGUUGACGUAUUUUAUUCGUAAUAAUGUUGAUAUAUAUAAUGUAUUUUACAAGGCGGAUAUAAAGUGAG